AUGAAGAAAUGUCGAACCAACAAGAAAAGUCUUACAUCCGGGCUGUCUGAUGAGGCCGGUUGGAGAUACUACUUGGAUGACGACUUUCCUAGCAUGCCCCAAGAUUGCAAGGAUCUUCUAGAAAACGGACAAACCAUCACAGGGGUGUAUGAUAUAUACCCCUACGAUACACUAACAAUACCGGCAAUUCAGAAACGCAUAGACGGAUCCGUGAUCUUUGACAGGAACUGGAUGGAUUAUAAAAAUGGUUUCGGUUCACCGGAACAAAACGUCUGGGUCGGAGACGCUAUGUUAGAUACAGGUUCUUCUAUUUACGAUCUGUCUGGGAUGUACUUCAGUACCCCAGACAGAGACAAUGACGGGUGGGGUGAUAAUAACUGUGCUGCUUACAGGACCACUAGUGGAGGCUGGUGGUUCCGCUCCUGUCACUCCGCCUUCCUUAACGGUCCCUGGUCCCCGGGGUCCUGGUCCUUACCAUGGUAUCCCACAGUACAGAGUGGGGCAUCAGUGAAGGGGACCACCUUGAUGAUCAGACGUAACUAG